AGGAGUAGGAGGAGGACAGGAUUAUAUAGUUAUCAUCUUCAUCCCACUUAGCUUAAUUAGCUUUGAUAUAUAAAUAAGCAAAGCAUAAGAGAAUAAGCCAGAAACCUCCUUAACCCACUUGUUCAAAUCCACACAGCGCUAGCUUUCCUCUCUUUCUUUUCAAUUUUCAUAAAUAAGCGUAAACGCGUACACAGCCUAUCAGAGUUUCAUGUUCCCGCCGCCUGUUUCCUAUUAACCCAUUGCCCCAUUUUCUAUAUUCCACUCUCUCUGAAUGGUCAAAUACUUCAAUGCUGCUAGUAAAGUAAAGGAAGCUCAUAAAUAGAGAAAAUCAUCUAAACAAGAAGAAGAAGAGGAAACAGAGCCUCUCUCCCUCUCUCCCUCUCUCUCUCUGUCCACCAAUGGCCAAGUCAAAAAGCAACAAGAACAAGGUCUCUUACAUUUCAGUCCCUUCUCAGAUAAUCAAUUCUUUGUCUGCAUCUUCCCUUCAAUCCCUCCUUACCUCACCCAAGAAAUCAUGUUCAAGGAGCAAAGCAAGGUACUUGAGCUUGCUGACCAAGUACCGGAGCCCAAGUUUCUGGGUUUUCUUCCUCUUGCUCUUUGGAAUUCUUGGUAUGCUCAAGUUGGGAUUUAAUUUAAACACUCUGAUCCCUUAUUCUCCUUACCCAUGCGCUACAAGCCAGUUCCACGCCUUAGUCUCCUCAAAUGGGUAUUUGAAAUCACACAUGAGUAUUGCCUCAAACGAAAAUGGUCAGAAAGCUGAGGUCUUUGACAGUUUCAGCCAUUCGCUUCCCUUGAUUCUAAAGGAGAAGGAGGAGGAGCCCAAAUCAGAAUCAAACAGUGACAAGGCAAUAAGUGACUUCUGGAAGCAACCAGAUGGUUUGGGGUAUAGACCAUGCUUGGAUUUCACCCGGGACUAUCAGAAGGCGAGUGUAGUGACAGUGAAGGACAGGACUAAAUACCUAAUGGUUGUGGUUGCUGGAGGGCUGAACCAACAAAGGAACCAGAUUGUUGAUGCUGUGGUUAUUGCUAGGAUUCUUGGGGCAGCUUUGGUCGUUCCCAUUUUGCAAGUCAAUGUCAUCUGGGGAGAUGAAAGUGAAUUUUCUGAUAUAUUUGAUAUGGAGCACUUCAAGAAAGUUCUUGCUAAUGAUGUCCGUAUAGUUUCUUCACUGCCAUCAACACAUAUAAUGACAAGGCCAGUGGAGGAGAAACGGACUCCUCUUCAUGUUUCUCCUAGUUGGAUCCGGUCACGCUAUCUCAAGCGGAUUAAAAGAGAAGGAGUCUUGCUUCUUAGAGGCUUGGAUUCAAGGCUUUCUAAGGAUCUUCCUUCUGAUCUUCAGAAGCUUCGUUGCAAGGUUGCUUUUCAUGCAUUGAGGUUUGCUCCUCCGAUUUUGGGAAUUGGUAACAAGCUUGCGGAGAGGAUGCGUAGCAAGGGACCCUACCUUGCCCUUCAUCUAAGAAUGGAGAAGGAUGUAUGGGUGAGGACUGGUUGCCUUCCUGGUCUGAGUCAUGAAUACGAUGAGAUAGUAAACAGCGAAAGGAUACAACGGCCUGAGCUCCUAACUGCAAGAUCAAACAUGACUUACCAUGAAAGAAAACUUGCUGGUCUCUGCCCCUUGAACGCCGUGGAAGUGACUAGGUUGCUAAAAGCUCUAGGAGCUCCUAAAGAUGCAAGAAUAUAUUGGGCUGGAGGGGAGCCAUUGGGUGGAAGAGAAGCCUUGCUACCAUUAACCCGGGAGUUUUCCCAUUUUUACAAUAAGGAAGAUCUUGCAUUGCCUGGUGAGCUAGAACCUUUUGCAAAAAGAGCUUCUGUCAUGGCUGCCAUUGAUUACAUUGUUUCUGAGAACAGUGAUGUCUUCAUGCCAUCUCAUGGAGGAAAUAUGGGCCAUGCACUCCAGGGACAACGUGCCUAUGCUGGUCACAAGAAGUAUAUAACACCAGACAAAAGGCAUAUGCUUCCUUAUUUUCUGGACUCUUCGCUCCCAGAAGUAGAGUUUAAUAGGAUCAUAAAGGAGUUGCACAGUGAUUCCUUAGGGCAGCCAGACAUUCGGAUUAGUAAAGUUGGAAGAGAUGUUACAAAGUAUCCCAUCCCGGAGUGUAUGUGCAGUGAUUCUCAUGCUCAUCCCCACUUGUGAGUCAAUGCUGAAUGUUUCCAGUAUAGCAAUGGACUGCUGCAUACUAAAAUUGCUUUCAAAUCCUUGAAUUGGAGCCUUUGGAAAGUGGAAUAUUCUUCAGGGCAGUGAUGGUUCUAUGGAUAGCCAUUUCUUGAGAACAAUCGCGGACUCCACUCAUUUUGUGAGUUUUCGCACUUAUUUUUCCAUAUUCCUUCCUUUGAGACACAUUCAAGCAAAGCAACAAGUCGUCUGCCUUUUAAGGCAAUAGUCUAUGGUUCUGUGAUGAAAAGGCAGCAGGUGAAGAAGGCGGCCCCCUAAAUUCUUUGAUUCGUUUUAGGAAGAAUUCUUUUAGGAUAUAUUUAUAUACCAUAUUGGUUUCGUUAAUUCAUUGUACUACUACAUCGGUGUAUUAUAGAACAUGCAUGUAAGUAAAUAAGCAUAAUCUAAAGUGAUACUAUAUA